UGAUAGGCGGGGGGGGGGGAGCUUCGGCUAACCGUCCAAUCAGCGCUUGCGCGAGAGGCUAGAGACCUUCUGGGUCAAAGGGGCAAGUUCCGAGAUUCCCCGCUUCGUGGUCUAAGGUCUGGUUUGGAGUUGAGCAGCUGGGCAAGGAGAAGGCGAGAGCGAAGCGGCGAUGUCGAAGCCCAGCAGCGACGGUGACAAGAAAGAGUGCGGGAAAGAGCCGUGGCGGGGUCGCUACUACACUCUCGAGGAGAUCCAGAAGCAGAAUCACAGCCAGAGUACUUGGAUCAUCCUGCACCAUCGCGUGUAUGACCUCACCAAGUUUCUGGAGGAGCACCCAGGUGGUGAGGAAGUCCUAAGGGAGCAAGCGGGAGGAGAUGCUACAGAAAACUUUGAAGAUGUUGGCCAUUCUACAGAUGCUCGGGCGUUGUCGGAAACAUUCAUUAUAGGGGAACUUCAUCCAGAUGACUGGGGGAAAAUUGAGAAACCUUCGGACCCUUAUAUUACCACUUUGGAGUCUAGUUCCAGUUCAUGGACCAACUGGGUGAUUCCAGCAAUAGCAGCAAUUAUUGUGGCCCUCAUGUACCGUUUCUACAUGGCUGAAUAAGCAUCCUAUUGAGAAGAAAUAAUAGGAGAGACUGUUUUGGGAAGAGAACCAAAAAUGCAUUCUAAUCUUCUUCAUGUCAAGGCAACAUCUGAAAACAACUUUAAAAAUCCAUCUGCUUUUUCGCCCCAGAAAGCCAAAUUAAGGCUUCUUCAGCAGUGCACUUUCAAUUCUGCCUUUUACUCAACUGUUUCUAAAUGCUAAAAGUGUAAAAGUUCAUCUUUUUAUAACACAAUGUUGAUCAUUUAACCCGAUGAGAUUACUAUGCUGCUCUUAAAAUUAAGUACACUGCUGCUGCCUACAUACUAGUAGAGAUAUAAAUAACACUACUCCAGUACUUAAGGCUUGUUAGAUUUCUGGGGUUUCUUAGUUCUUUGGACUUCUCUUGUGAAACCAACUGGCAUGAGGUUGUGUCUAUGCAAAUUCCUUCUGAAUAUUUGCCAUCUUUGCCUUCAAUCUAGAGUUAUGUCAUAUGAUUUUCUUUCUUUCUACCUAAUUCCUGUUUUCUUUGAUAUAAUUGUAUCUCUUCUCCUAAAAAAAGAAAGGGAGCUUUCAGUAUGGGAAUUAAAGAAGUUAGAUGUUUGUACAAUAACAUACUGGUGUGUAUCCAGAAAUCCCAGUGUGUAAGCAGAAGACAUUCCCAGUCCACACAACUGCAAGUUUUUCAGGCUGAGGGGCCAUCCAGAAGAGCAUUCUAAGUUGGAGGUUAGGCAGUUACUAUCCUUCCUGCCAUGGGUACUGAAGAGAAAAUGCCUUCUGCAUGCACAGUAGGAUCUUAGAAUCAAAGCCACUAACGUCUGGUAGCUUAGUUUAUAUACAUAUUGGCCUGUCUCUAGACUGAAAUUUCAGACAAGUUAUUGCAGAGAACUCUCUGCUUGGAAUUAUGUGAGGGGACAAGAAACCCAGGUCUGAGACUUCCAUUAUCUUGAGUAAAUUUCUUAAGUGAAAUGGGUAUGACUAUUUUAAUCAGAGUACCUAUAUGUGUGCAGCUCUUAACAUUUGCAUACUUUUAUUCACCUCAGGUUUCUUUGAGGCCUACCUGUCUCACAAAAUAUACCAAGUAAAAAAUAAGUGAGCUUGCAGUGUCUGUUUACUGAUUGUGCCCUUUUGAUGAAAUAAGGGAAAGUUUAAGGGCGGGGAGGAAGGUACUUGGCCCAUUGGUUCUACUUAUCUCUAUGUGUGAUGUCACUUGCUAAUGAAUAAACUCAAAUGUUUACUGUAUCUUGUGGCUGCGGCCUGUUUGACUAAGCUGUAGAGUCCAUUUAUCACAGGCUUAGUUGAUAUUGAUGGGGUGUUCCUAAAAUGGAAUAGGAGUUUGACUUGCAGAGGUUGGGGAGAAAAAAACCACACAAGAAGCUGCAACAACUUGUAAAUUCCACAUACAGUUGUUAAAAUUUGUAAAUAAAGGAUCACUUCCCUUAGAUAAUAUAAAUGUUCUUAUUUUGUGAUGCCAUCUGUGCUUAUUCUACUACAGGACCGACACUUGCAGCUCCUUUUAUGUGUUAGUCUGGAUGGUGUCCAGUAUUUCUUAAGUAAUGACUAACUUGUCACAUUUAUUUUCAAUGGUGCUUAGUCAGGACAACUCUGGAUGCUGCCCAGUCUGAUUAACCUAAGCAAACCAUGGCUUGGAGUCGUUUUUUUACUUCUACAAAAGUUAAAAUAGUAACCAGUUGUCAGCUUUUCCUUCAUACAAUAUAAAGCAGCCAGUAUUCUGCAAAACUAAUGAUUUAAUGGCAAUUCCUGUACAACUGCCGAAUAAUGAGUUGCUAUUGUGUAGACACAGUAAGUAAAGUAGGGAGACCUCCAGUGGUAUAUUCUGCUAACUGUAAUGCUCUUGUGCAAAUGGAAUGCUGUUAUACAAGGAAAGUAGCCUCUGUUUCAGAAUAGUUCUUGCCCUAGCAGAAGAUAUUGUGCAACAUGUUGCAGGACCACUUCCACAAGUUCUUCGACUACUGGCAGUUGUACCAUGUUGAAUGGUAUGGUGUGGAUUUUUAGUAUCUGCCAUGGUUAAAGUUCAUCCUGCAAGUGACCGUGGCCCAAUCUUACCUGCAAAUGACCCAAUCUUACCAAAGUACCCUAAUCAAACAAUUUCUAUUAAUUGGGGGAUUAAUAUUAAUAUGAAGUAGCUCAUGCUGUUAGACUACCAAUAAUAGUUCCAUCUGGCAAAAGUCUUUUGGGGCCUAUUUGCAGAUAGCAAAGAUUUCCUGACACCUCCCACCACUAGUGCUUUAUUAAGUUUUUGUUUACUUGAGUGAAUUCUCCCAAUUCAUCUUUUCAAACAAGUGUUUGCCUGAGCUACCAAUUCUAGAAUUCAGUAAGUUGGUUGCGACAUCUUUUUUCUUUCUUUCUGUGGAAGGGUUCAGACAACGUACAAAAAGCCAAACCUUCAGUUUCUGGAGUUGAGCAGGAGCCAGGCUUCUGGUGGGGCAAGGAAUGCCAGCAUUGGUCAUGUCGAGUGAAUGCUGCCAAUGUCUGCAUAUUCUGCUCAGCUUUUGGUUCAGGACCUGGGAUCUAACCAAGAGUUGAAGUCUGGUACAGAUGGGUUUGGAACCAAAAGUUGCACAGAAUAUGCAGCAUUUGCGGUUUGCACAGUUCAUGUUGGCAUAUAUACCCACCAACCACCGGAAGUCAGGUUUACUGACUUGUUUGUGUAUCAUCUGAAUCUGCCAUCUAAUUCAACAGGAAACUAUGUAGCACAACAAAGUAUGCAAGAAAACAUGGGAACCAACUGUGAAGCUAGCCUGAUUAUAAUGGAAUGUUGUCAGGAAAUUAUUUUCCAACAUGAAUCGAACAUUGAAACCCAAACUGAUCCUAUUCCAUGUGCUCCUGGAUUUGUUUACCUUUCAAACAUUGUUUUGACUGCUAAAGCCACUACUUGUAUUCUCUUUCAUUCCAGAGAAGAGAUCUAAUGUUGUGAAGGUGUUGAAUAUUUUCAAAUCAAAUUAAGCUUGUGCUUUAAUUUUCAGUUGUAAAAGCUGAUGAAAUAAAAACUUGGUAAUUCA